AAUAUUUUUUUGGAAUUAGGGUUUAUAAGCCUAGAACACUUGCGGCGUCCGGGAGCUCUCUGAUCUGCUCUUCAGCCGAAGAUCUCUUCUGCACGAAAAAGCGAAAAUGCCAAAGCAAAUCCACGAGAUCAAGGAUUUCCUUGUUACUGCAAGAAGAAAAGAUGCACGCUCUGUCAAAAUCAAGAGGAGCAAGGAUGUGGUGAAGUUUAAAGUUCGCUGCUCCAAGUACCUUUACACUCUCUGCGUCUUUGACAAUGAGAAGGCUGAGAAGUUGAAGCAAUCCCUUCCUCCAGGUUUGAAUGUGCAAGACCUGUGAAGCAAAUGAGUUGCUAUCAUUUUUGUUUACCCCUUAAAUUUGGUAACUGUGUUGUUAGGUGGUGAGAACCUUGCAAUUUCUUUGGGCAUGAAUUUGUAGACUGAACCUGAUGGUGUGUUUAGCAUUUUAAUUUAAUGAAUGAACUUCUCAAUUA